AUGGAAAACCAAACCAUGGACUUAGCCGACUGGUCGCUGACAACAGAAUUCGACUACAGUGAUUCAGCACCAUGCUUGGGAACCGAGGAAAAGCACUUUGCAGCAAAACUUUUGCCACCGCUUUAUUCUUUGGUGGUGAUUUUUGGUUUCACAGGCAACAUGCUCGUUGUCCUUAUCCUGGUAAAAUACAAGAGACUGAAGAGUAUGACUGACAUCUACCUGCUCAAUUUGGCAAUUUCUGAUUUGCUGUUUAUAUUUUCUCUCCCUUUCUGGGCUUAUUAUGCUGUUCAUGACUGGAUUUUUGGGGAGGCGCUUUGUAGAAUUCUCUCAGGUUUUUACCUCCUUGGCUUCUACAGCGGCAUCUUUUUCAUAAUCCUGUUGACCCUAGACCGAUAUCUGGCCAUAGUGCAUGCAGUGUUUGCUUUAAAAGCUAGAACAGUUACUUACGGCAUCCUCACCAGCGUUGUCACUUGGGCUGUUGCUAUUUUUGCUUCUGUUCCUGGCAUAGUAUUUCACAAAACUCAAAAGGAAAAUUCACGUUAUACUUGCAGUGCUCAUUAUCCAAGCGAUGCCAGAAUAAAUUGGAAGUACUCCUCUACUUUGAAGAUGAACAUUCUAGGACUUAUUGUUCCAAUCCUCAUUAUGAUUUUCAGUUACUCACAAAUUCUAAAAACAUUAUUGAGGUGCAAGAAUGAGAAAAAACAGAAAGCAGUCAGGCUUAUUUUCGUGAUCAUGAUUUUUUACUUUGUCUUCUGGACACCAUUCCAUAUUUCUUCUUUUUUGCAUACAUUUCAAAGUUCACUUUUCAACCUAAAUUGUGACAUCAAAGGCCAACUGGAGAAAGCAAUCCAAGUGACAGAAACAAUCGCAAUGAUCCACUGCUGUAUCAAUCCUGUGAUCUAUGCAUUUGUUGGAGAAAAAUUUAGGAAAUAUCUUUAUGCCUUUUUCCGAAAGCAUGUUGCAGCCCACCUCUGCAAAAAAUGUCCAAAUCUUUAUCGAGAAAAAUUAGAAAGAGUUAGUUCCACAUUCACACCAUCUACUGCAGAGCAUGACAUCUCUACAGGACUGUAA